AUGGCGGAGCUCUUUAUUGGCCAGCUUCCUUUCAGCAAGUUCUUCCCGGAAGACCUGCUGAACUUAUUCCGUCCCUACGGCAACGUAGUGGCGCAUCAGCUGCACAUCCGUCAAGGAAACGCCUUCGUCACCUACGCGGCGACCGACGAGGCGGAUGCGGCGAUUAGCGCCCUGCACGGUCAGUGCUCCCUCGGCACCCGCAGCCAGCCCAUUCAGGUGAUGUACUCCAAAGGCACACGGCUAAUUUCCGCGUUUGGUCUGCAGCAUCGCUCGCUGUGCCUGGCCCGCAACAAGGACCGCCAGCGGAACAAAGAGACUCUGAGCGCGACGAGCAACAGCAGCAUCAACAACGAGAGCGUCUCCUUGAAUGACGCGGUGUUGGCGGGCCUGUCGGGCGAGCUCAAGGACGAGCCAGCGACGGGGCUCUACCCCACGGGUGCGGAAGAGGUUGGUGCCAAUGGGAAUAGGAGCGGCGCGGGCGUCGCCUCCUUCGUCAGCUACGGUCCGAUUGACAUCUCUUUCGACGACGAGGGCCGGCAAAUGAUGGGCAGCGGGAUCUUCAGCAACCCCUCCAUGUACUCCCUCAACGCCGCUGCCACACGUCAAGUUCAGCAACAGCAGGCCUACGUGUCUGGGUUGAUGAGCGUCGAUCCGAUGGUGUACGGUACGCCGAUGAAGUGGGCUAUGACCCCGCCGACGAUGUUGAUGCCGACCAGUAAUGGCAGCAGCAACAACAGCAGCAACAAUGGUGUGUUGUCUCCACCGUCGCAGAUGGCAAGUCCGGCUGCCCCACCGCUGCCGCCACCGGCCCUCUCCUACGUCGUGAUGUCCUCCUCUACCCCGACCAUGGCGACUGGGUUUGGCGUGCCUGGCAGGAUGCCGGUCUGCUACGUGGUGCCGACCCCCACGAGCCCUGCGUACCUCUCUCAGCAGAUGCUUCCGCCCUCGCUGGCCUACAUGCAGAUGCAACCCAUGUAA